GCCAAUCUUCAACUUCAAUCAAACAAGAUGAUCAAAAUCACUUCACCUGCUUCUCUCUUGAGGUCAAUCACAAGAACCUAUGCAACUCAUUCUACUCUAUCACCUACUUCAAUCUCAUCUCAUCAAACUUCAAACGGUUUAAAAGUUUUAUCGACUUCUGAUCAAUCUAAAUUAACAGCUUCCAUCUCAGUCUUCAUCAAAGCUGGAUCCCGUCAUCAAACUUUACCGGGUCUUUCUCAUGUACUUAAAAACUUGGUCUUCAAGUCGACUCAAAAACGUAGUGCUUUAAGUGUCGUUCGUGAAGCUGAAUUAUUAGGCGGUGUUUUAACUUCUACUUUAACUCGUGAACAUCUUAUCUUGAAUGCUGAAUUCAUCAAAGGAAACGAAGCUUUCUUUGCAGAAUUACUUGGAGAUGUAUUAACUUGUUCAAAAUUCUUACCACAUGAAUUUAAUGAAGAAGUGAUUCCAGGCGUGAUUUCAGAUUAUCAUCAAGCUCAAUUAGAUCCGAAUGUAAAAGCGAUUGAUUUAGCACAUCAAUUAGCCUUUAGAAGAGGUUUAGGUGAUUCUUUAUUUGCUACUCCUCAUACUGAAAUCUCACAUCAAUCAGCUGUCGAUUUCGCCAUUCAAUCUUUUGGUCAAUCUUCUCAAAACUUGGUUGUCGGAACUGGUAUCGAAUCUGAUUCAUUAGUUAAAUUAGUCGAUCAAUUCUUUAGACCCACUACUUCAACUUCACUUAGUUCAACUUCAGAAAAAUCAAAAUAUUAUGGUGGUGAAUUAAGAUUAUCACACGUAGAAGGAUCUCAUGGAGGAAAAGAUACGUUUCUGAUCGGUUUUGAAGGUGGUGAUCAUUCAAGUCGAUCUGAAUUUACAAUCUUACAACAUUUAUUAGGUUCUUCACCUAGUUUAAUCAAAUGGUCAAAUGGUACUACACCUAUGGCUUCCUUACCUCUUAAAUCGUUUCAUUUACCUUACUCGGAUUCCGGUCUAUUUGGUUUUAUCAUUAAUGCUCCAAGUGAUCAAGUCAAAUCAGUCACUCAUCAAGCUUUAUCUGAAUUAAAGAAGAUUGCAGCUGGUAAUGGAAUUGAUGAGGAAAGUGUCACUAGAGCAGUUAAGAAAGCUCAAUUCUUGGUUGCAAGUGGAUUAGAAAGUAAUCUCAUCAAGGCUGAGACUAUUGGAUCACAAAUUCAUGGAACUGGUCCCUCACCCCAACAAGUACAAGACAUCUAUUCUUCAUAUUCACAAGUGAAACCGGAUGCUGUCAUUAAAGCUGCUAAGAAUUUACUCAACACUCGUCCUACAACAGUAGCGAUUGGAAAUGUACAUAAGAUGCCAUUUCACGAUGAUUUAGGAUUUUAAAAAGAAUCAAAUACAAAUUAGACUUGAAGAUCAAGAAACAAGAAAGAACCAAAUCUAAAUCAACUCAUCAGAUUCUCAUCUUUGAUUUGAUUUGAAACUCUCAACUUGUUUUUUUGGUUUUUCUUUUGACGCGUUUCGAAUGUUUAUCAAUUUGAUAUCUUUGAAAAUUUCUUUUUUUUUCCUUUAGAGAAAUCUUUUACACUAUUUUUUAUGUUCUUUGAUUGAAAACAAAACAAAAACCAUUUUUUACAAAAUUC